AUGCCCAGAAAGAAAUCAAGUGCUAAAAAGGCAAGAGAGACCGCUGUAAAAGAAGCCAAACAAGUGCAUGUCAAGAUUGGUGCUCAAGAAGAUAAAGAAACAGAACUUCCGACAAUAGAAACACCAAAAGAAAUCUCUGACGCUAGUGGCGAUGAAUCUUCCAGCGAAGAGGAGGAUGAUUACGGUGAACUGAUCACGGAAGAGGUUGAGGAGGGUAUUCAGAAAGUCCUCAAGGCAAUACGGGCAAACGAUAAGGAGGUUCUAUUCAAUCCUAAGGUCAGAUUUUUUCAUGAUGCUGAAAGGACAGCCAAUGCAAACGAGAAAAAUGAGAAACAUAAACCAAUUUACCUAAAGGAUUACCACAGAAUGAACAUUCUAGCAGGAAAUACAUUUGCGGAAGAUGAAGAGCAAGAGGAAAGUACCAUUGACGGUAAGCAGUCGUACGUUGACCAGCAAAAAGAAGAAAAGACUAAGCUGUUAGAUGAAAUCAAAAACGCGUUUGAUGAAGGAGUAGAGAGCGAUCAAGAAGACGAGGACUUUUUGAAAAAGAAAACACCCUCGAAAAAAGUUGAAAAAUCAAACCUCAAUCUGCCUGAUCCUGCGCAGAAUCAGGAAAAAUUUUUAGACGAAUUUAUCAAUAAUCAAGCUUGGAUUCCAAGAAAGGGUGAUAAAGUUGUGUCACUUGAUCAUGAUUCAGAUAUGCAGGAAGAUGAUGAUGAAUUUGAAGAUGCGGUAGAACAAUUUGAGACUGCCUACAACUUCCGCUAUGAGGAUCCAAAUUCUGCAGAUAUUGUUUCUUAUGCACGUAAUCAAGCUACCGCGAGAAGAGCUGCUUCCAAAUCACGUAGGAAAAAGAGAGAAGAGGAGAGAGAGAUAAAAAACAAAGAGAUGUUAGAAACGGAGAGGUCAAUACAAAAGAAGAAGACCGAAAAAGUUCAUAAGUUGACUGAUGUCUUGGAACAAUUGAAAAAAGAGUAUGGCGCAGAUAUUGACGAGGCCAUGAUUAAGAAAAUUACAAAUACUCUACUGAACAAUGAGUACAAAGAGGAGGAUUGGAAUGAAGUAUUAAGUGGAUUGUUUAAUGAAGAGUUCUAUGAGCAAAAAGGAAAGCCAACCUGGGAUGACGAUGAUGAAGUGAUGGCUGACUUCUAUGAAGAUCAAGAUAUUGAAGAGGCUGAGGAUGUCGAUGUAGAGAAAGAGGAGGAGGAUGAUAUACAAGAUACAGACAAGCACCAAGAUGAAAAAAGCAGCAACAAGUCAAGAAAGGAAAAGAAAAAAGGUAAAAUGGCAGAGAAAAAGGAAAAGAAAAACCUAAGAGCCUUAGUUGAGAAUGCAGUAGAGGACAAUAAAUUAGCUAUAAUUGAUGAGGUCGAAAAAAGCAAAGAAGAAAGGAAAUCAAGAGCACGUUCUAAGGAAGAGCAAGACCUCAAAUUCCGUUAUCGUGAAGUGUCCCCUGAAAGUUUUGGGCUUACAACGAAGGAAAUUUUUGCAGCAGAUGAUGCUCAAUUAAACCAGUUCAUUGGAUUGAAAAAAUUCGCUCCAUAUAGGCCAAAGGAACAAAGAAUGAGGGACAAAAGAAAGGUUACUAAGGCUAAAAGAUUAAGGGAAUGGAGAAAAGAAGUUUUCAAGAACGAAAAUGGUAUGAUAGCUUCGGAUGGGAAUACUGACGGGUCUAUUAUCAUUCCUGUUGAUUCAGAUUCUAAGACUGAAAAAAAAGUACACAAAGCAAGAAAACACAAGUCAUCUUCAUAG